GAUGCGCGUGGAUGCACCGAGUGGAACAUAGCAUAUUUUCCUCUUCUGGAAGAGGAGGAGACUUGAGCAGCUGUCUCGCCUUGUUUGUGCAUCAUCUUUGAUCUAAAUGGCUUCACAGGCAACAGGAUGAUGCUCCCAGCCAGAUUGGGUGCUUUGCUGACUUAAAGGGCACUCGAAGCAGGUGGAAUCACCUCAUUUCAGAGCAAGUGAGAUCAUGAGCUGGAGGCACCAUGAAUGGACGCGUUUGUUAGGAGUUUGCAUGCUCUUCAGGCUGCCUUUGGAGGUCAUGUAAUGAAUUGUUGAGGAGUUACGACGGAUGAAGAAUUUGCUGAACAGGAUUAAGUCCACACGUGCCUGAGCGCAUCAGGUGUCAGAUCAUUCGGACAUCAGCCCAGCGGACAUGGAACGGCGGGGCGGGGGUCAAGUAGAGCGUGGUCGAGAGACACACCAAGUUCUGCAGAGUACUCCUUUAGACCUGAUUGAGACUGGCAAAUCCUUGAAAGUCCAAGCGGAGCGCCCUCACCUGGUCAGUUUGGGAAGUGGACGCUUGAGCACAGCAAUCACCUUGCUGCCACUGCAGGAAGGGAGAACCACACUGGGCAGCGGAGGCACGGACAUUGCUCUACUGGGCCCCGGAAUUAAAGCUCAGCAUUGCUACAUUGAAAAUCAGGCGGGCACCAUUACCUUGUACCCGUGUGGGAACCAGUGCGCCAUCGAUGGACUCUCCGUCAGCAAACCUUACCGUCUGUCACAAGGCUGCAUGCUGUGUUUUGGUCAGUCAACUUUUUUCCGCUUCAACCAUCCAGAAGAGGCCCUGAGGAUGAAGAACAUGUUGCCUGGGGGAAGCCAAACACUAAGCACAACAAAGCCACAACAUUCUGACCCCCGCAGCAUCCUGAAUGGGACCCACCAGGUGUUUUCUAGCAACGGCAGCUCCAAAAUCAGUACCUUAGUGAAAGAUGUCCACGGGAGUCUCUCACAGAAGGUGCCAUCGUCCCCCAAAGCGGCGAAAGCGUCACUUCCUCAGCCCGCUCAGAAUAUGCUCAAUGAUAUAAGCAACGUCACGAGAGAUGAGAGCGCUAGCUCUGUGGGAAAUUCUCCACUCGUGCCUCCUCGGUCCAAUAUGCCUGUGCCUCAUCCGCGGACAUCCCUCUCUACGACCUCAAGCAGUGAGCAGCGAGCACAAGACAGCCCGAAGCUUCUAAGGAAUGUCAGGUCAGAGGUCACAUCAAGCCCCACAAUGCCCAGCAGGGGGUCCGGACAGGGCCUAAGUCACAACGCUUCACCGGCGGCUCCGUCCAGCCCUGGACUGAGAGGUUCCUCCCUUCAGAGGAGACACCCAAGCCCUAGACGAGAACCGCUCCGGACGCCCGAGUCGACCGGAUCCACCAGCCUUCCACCUCUGAGUCCUUACAUGUCCCGCAGAGGGACUCCAGGAUCGCAGAGCGUCAAACCCGUUCAGCAGAGCCCGAAGACUCAUCGCAAAGCCGCGGCCCCCUCGAAGGCUGAGGCCAUGAGGGCCUUUUACGCCCACAAUCCCUCCCCUGUGAACGCAGCAGAGACUGGAAGCAGACAUCAGAGCAACACCCUCAUCCCGGGUCCUCUGUCGCGCUCAUCUCCUGCCACGAGUCCUCGCAGCCAAAGAAAGACCUCUUUUGAGGACAUCGAAUCAUCCAGCAUCCUGUCCAACACUAUGAAAGCUUAUUCCCGGGAGCGCAAGAACAGCAUAUCUGCCAUUAGCGACAAUGAGGAUGAACUUCUGGAGUACCACCGCCGGCAGAGAGAAGAGAGGUUGCGUGAGCAGGAAAUGGAGAAGCUGGAGCGCCAGCGGCUGGAGACCAUCCUGAAUCUGUGUGCAGGGUAUAACCAUGAGGACAACGCGGCAGAGCUGGCGGAGGUGGUGAGGAGUGGACUACUAAGGGGAGGGAGGGGUGCAAGUGGCGAUAUGCAGAGAGGCAAGGAGAUCGAUGAUGAGGCGCAGGCAGAGGAAUCCAGCAGCACCGAGAGCACGCAUCAAGAGUGUGAGGAGGUGCCAGCCAGUCAGGAGCAGAUCUACCUGGAAGAGGAGAGGAGCAAGAUGUUGGCCAAGGUGGAUGACCUGAGGCACAGAGUCAACGAGCUGGAGCAGCAACUAAAAGAGACCAAACAAGAGGUGGAGAUGGAGCAGGCUCUGCUGCAGGCCGAGAGGCAGGCAGAGCAGGAGCAGGUGGAGGCCGAACGGGAGCAGAUUUCUCAGCUUCAGCUCAAACUUAGCCAGUUGAACAAGGCCACUCAGAGGGAGAAGGACAAGGGGAGGGCUAAUGUCUCAGCUGAGCGGAAGGUCCUGGAAAAGCAGAGGAAUGAAUACAAUGAGCUGAAGAGGCAGUGUGAUAAGUGCCCCUUGUCUCUAAGGGAACAGUUACAGGAGCAGCUCAGCAGGUCAAUGCCUUUUAAAGCUGAAGCUCUGGAAGCUGGCUCAAAGCGAUUUGAGGAGCUGGAGUUCUGCCAGCUGGAGGAGGAGAGCAGUCUGGAAGAGCGAAAGGAGACUCAGGCCUCGCAGUUUCUUCAGGAGCAAACUGAGUAUCACUGCAGCGUGGCCAAGAGGAAGGAGAAAAUGGCCACUCUGGACGCUCAGGUGAAGCAACUGGGCUUACAAGCUACUCAUGACUGUGAGAGGAUGGCAAAAGAAAGGGCGGCCACCCUGCAGCUCUUACACAAGGAGCAGGACAAAUUAUGUGCCCUGGAGAACAGGUACCACAGCAUGACUUCUGGUAGGAGCUUCCCAAAGAGCAACAGCAAAAUGACAGAGGAUUUACUCCAUAUCAACGAACCCGAGCUUGUUUAUGAGGACGAGCCCUCGCUUAGCCAUUGUCCUUCCUCUACCUUACACGUCCCUUCCCCUGAAGUCUACCCUGUUAGGCUGCAGGAGGAGUACCUCAGGAUGUCUGAUGUCUAUAAGAUGUAUGGAAACGCUUGUGUGCACCCUCAUUCCUGUUCCCCCGCUCCCCUCGCUGUAGCUGACGCUGUGCCAUGUGAGGACUACAUCACGGUCGGCCAGUUAAGCCACAUAAUUGGAGUGCAGAGACUCGAUCCCUCCUCUUCCUCAUCUAUUACACUUUUCCAACUUGCCUCCUCUGACUCCACCUUCACGUGCCACACAAGUGGCCCUUCCUCCCUUGUCUCUGCAAAGAGCCAGCCCGAGCUGAGUAGGAAUGCAAUGGCUCCUAUUAACCUCGAGCGCUGGUAUCAGGACAUCAUGGCUGCAGGGGAGCCUCCGUCAUGCCCUCCACCACUGCCUGCAAAAUCUUUUUCCGCACGCUGGCAUGGGCAGUUGCUGAAGUCCAAAUCAGACGGUGAAGUUGGUCACACGGCAUCCUGUCCCCCUGUAAGCUACCUUACCACUGCGCCUCACUCCACUCUUACACGUGAUAAAACCUCCAAGGGAUUACAGUUAAUGCUGAGAGAAGAGUCAAAUCCAUUGGACAUGGACUCCAGGAAGCUGAAUAAAGAUCCAUCUCCUACAGUACAUCACUCCAUCUUGCAUCAUCACUGUCCACCUAGCGGCAACCAGGCGUACGACACCUUGAGCCUGGAGAGCUCAGACAGCUUGGAGACCAGCAUCUCCACCAGCAACUCAGCAUGCACCCCAGAAAGUGCUUCCGGCUUGGAGACCCAGAGGUUGGAAGAGAUGGAGAAGAUGUUGAAGGAGGCACAGCAAGAGAAAGCCAGGCUCAUUGAGCACAGAGAGAGGGAGGCGCAGACUCGACGGCAUCUGCUGGAGGAGGAAAGGAAGAGGCGUGAGGAGGCCGAGAGGAGGCUUUUUGAUGAGACGGCCCACAGGAGGAGGCUGGUGGAGGAGGAGGUCAAGAUGAGGGAGAAAAACUUUUCCCAGGCCCGUCCCAUGACGCGCUACCUGCCCAACCUGAAGGAGGAGUUUGACUUGCGUGCGCACGUGGAGUCAUCGGGCCACAGCAUCGACACGUGCCCCUUCGUCAUCCUUACCGAGAAGAUGUGCAAAGGUCAUCUGGUCAAGAUGGGCGGCAAAAUCAAAUCGUGGAAGAAACGCUGGUUCGUUUUUGACCGCCUCAAGAGGAAUUUCUGCUACUACGUGGACAAGCACGAGACCAAGAUGAAAGGACUCAUUUACUUCCAGGCCAUUGAAGAGGUUUAUUAUGAUCACUUACGCAUUGCUACCAAGAGUCCCAACCCGUCUCUGACCUUCUGUGUGAAGACUCACGACCGCCUUUACUACAUGGUGGCGCCAUCCCCGGAGGCCAUGCGGAUCUGGAUGGAUGUCAUAGUAACGGGUGCCGAGGGCUACACGCAAUUCAUGAGCUGAGGGACCUUGCGGAAGGAUGACAGAGGGCGCAGAGCCUGAAAGCGAAUCAGACCGAAGGUGAAAUGGAUGUCACAAGGACACCGAUGAUGUGAAGGCCUGCUGGGCCGCCGAGGGCUUUAAGUCCUGACACAAGUGAUCGAAAAGAAUUCAUGAAGGGGGGGGGCGGGGGGAUCUGCCAGCGUUAGGGAGCGAUUCUCUCCAUCCAUCUCGCCUGUGACAAUUACAUUAUUUUGUAAAAACAACGCAGAUCGUUUUUGAUUGCAGUGUGGUCACUUGUAGCCCUUUCUUGUUUUAUAACUUUUUUAUUUUCUGUUGUGUUACUUUUAAAUAAUUUCAAACACUACAAUGUAAAGGAAAAGUGCUAUUCUUUACGUUGAUUAUUCAUUUGCAACUAGCUGCCAAUUACUUUGUUGUUUAAUCUUUAUAUUGCAGCUUUGAGGAAGAUAUUUUUAUUAUAUCCAUACUUGUCUUUAUUCUACACAAAUAUGUAAAAAAUAAUCCAGAUUACAUUUUAAAGUCUUAUAAUGUAAUUGUAAAUCUACAUAUGUAAAAAUAUAUUAAAAAAAAAAGUAUGGUGCUCCUC